AUGUACAGUAUUUACGUUACCAACAAGUCUGGUAUUGGGGUGUAUAUCCGCGUUCAGCAGCAAAAAAUUUCUUCCGCGAAUCCAAGUUUCUGCCACGAUUUGGAUGCUAUUCAAAAUGACGGGGUAGGUGAUGAAGAAUCGGUAAGAACUCACUUACUUCAGUGGGGUUUCUGCAAGAUCGCUCUUGAUGAGACCAUAACAUUCGCAAUGGAUAUAGCAAAUGAGGGACCACGGAGGUACGCAUCUUUGUAUGCUAGAUCCAAAUUGUUCAUCGUGGACUUUGAAAUAAAUUGUCUGAGGUAUGGCUGCCUCUUUGUAAUGGGUGCAUUUACAGGCUACGGCGGCGAAUAUCGGCUUUACCAAGCCAAUCCUCAGCCGGUUUGGAUUCCAGUGGAGGACGGACAACCAUUGCCACAAAAGAUCAUCAAAGCGGGCACUACAGCUUUUGGUCGAUCUCCUGGAAACGGAGAGACACCUCUCAAAGUAAUUUUAGCCAGAAAUGGCUGUCAGCUUACUACUAUCUACAGCAAAGGAUUAAAAGAGCCGAGCUUUUGUAGUGGCACAAUUCUUCGCGACACUGGCCACGAAUUCGUUCCAGCCAACGUUGGUGAUCCUGUACCUCCCCACGCAGUCAUUGGUGGUGUUAGUGUCCCAGAAGGAUCGCUGUACCUUGGGAGAGUCGGAGGCAACACUCCAUGCGUAAUUGAAGUUGAAAGGGGCAAAGUUAAAUCCUUCUGUUACGAUUGCAAUAAGGUUCAAAGCGGCGAGAUUUUAAUUCUAACAGACGAUCCAAAGGUUUAG